AUGUACCCGUCGGAGAAAGGGCCACCGCCAACGCCGCCACCGCCAGUCGACUACUACAACGAGGAGGGGAGGGAUCUCGUGAUGGAGAUGGUGGGGAACGGUGAGCUGGCCGCGCCGGCGGCGGCAGCGACGAUGAUGAUGAUUCUCGGGGAGAGCAGCGGGGAGGACCACGAGAUCAAGGCCCCCAAGAAGAGGGCGGAGACCUGGGCCCAGGAGGAGACCCGCAGCCUCAUCAUCCUCCGCCGGGAGAUGGACGGGCUUUUCAACACCUCAAAGUCCAACAAGCGACUGUGGGAGCAGAUCUCGGCGAACAUGAAGGACCGGGGCUUCGAUCGGUCCCCCACAAUGUGCACAGACAAGUGGAGGAACCUGCUCAAGGAGUUCAAGAAGUCGAAGCAACAGUGCAGAGCCGGCGGCGGAGGGCCACCAAAGAUGUCCUGCUACAGGGAGAUGGAGGAGCUCCUGAAGGAGAGGAACAGGUGCCCCGCCGAAGACGCCAAGGUCGACUCCUACCUCCAGUUCUCCGACAAAGGUACACACAAAAGAGGAAAAAACUCCGUGGUUUCUGGCCUUUUCCUGUUCAUGCUUCUUGAUUCUUGGGCUCGCUGGAUCCUCCUUGAUUCUGUUUGAGAAACUUCGCCUUCUUCGGUUUGAGCUCCGCCAUGAUGUUUCCUAGGAAGAUCAUCUUCUUCUCUCUUGUUCAUUUCUCAAUUUAGAAGCUCUGUGAAACCUCCUCCAGCGUCUGGCUUGAUCAUAGAAUUAAAACUGUGGUUUCUGGGCCCGACGAUUCUGCAUCUCAAAAAGAUUUUCAUAUCAGCAUAUGACGCGUGGAAUAAUGGGCCAACGACCCUUGACUCGGCUGCCUAGUCAUCCGAUCAUCACGCCAGGGAUGGAGAUUGAUGACGUUAAAAUUAGCUAUAUUCUUGAGUCGUCAUCAAUAUUUAUCACGCUUGAUCUAUCCUGCCGCCAACUCUCAUUGUUUUUCUUCUGCCACAGUUCUUGAAGACGCCGGUGUACCGUAUGGGUCUGUGGAAGGUAACUGAUGUUCUUUGUUUUAAUGUGAACUUUCAUUUCUUGAUGAAUUUCUCCAUAUUUUAUUUGACUAAUGUGAUGAUUUUUUUUCAUAUUAUUAAUAAAUGAUGAAUUUCUACAUAUUUUUUCAAUAGUCAUUGUAGUUAUGAAAUAUUUCAUCAAUUUUAAUGUUCUUGUGAAGGGGGGCUUCCUCAAUUAAUAUCUCCGCGAACUGCCAUACGUUUGAUUGAUUAAUGUGUUCAAUUUUACCCCAUUAUCAAUAGUUAAUUAUUAUGUAUGGUCAGCAAACUCUCUCUCUUCCUGUCGCUCUCUCUCUCUCUCUCUCUCGCUGACGCGCACACACCCCCAGGCCACAAGAUCUCCCUCUUAUUCUCGAGGAAGGGUUUCCUAGUUAGAUGGGGGGUGCCCAGUGGAUGCCACCAUUGGUAACAUGGGAGGGAGGGAGAGAGGAAGGGAGGGAGGGAGGGAGAGAGAGAGAGAGAGAGAUGGGAGUCCCUUGUAGCUGCCAAUGGGAGAAUGGGAGGGAGGCCUCGCAGACAGUGGGAGUGCACCUUAUUUUAGUUGGGGAAGGUAUGCAUCAAGAGAAAUACCCAAAAUGUCUCUGUAAAGCAUCCCCUUUUAUAAGCUUACUUAUCUAUGCUCAUCAAUCUCUCUCCAACACGAAUUAAAACAGCAUAAUCCACUGACUUUUCCUCUCUCUCUCAUGCAGCCAGGUCAGCAGCACUCAGUCUGGACCACGAAGGGCUCCCCCUCACCAUAACAGACGCCGGCACCGUUGCAGCCAGCGGCAUUCCCCCCUGGAACUGGGAAGAUACCGGAGGAAAUGGUACCCAUUCGUCCUCGUCCUUCCCCGCAAAGAUUUAUAUGCCUUUCCUUCACCAGGACGAUUAUCAGUGCCCUGCCCAUCUUUUCAGUCCUCAAGAUCUCUUCACUUGACCCAUCAGCUCCAAAACCCACCCGCAUACUCCAUUUUUUUAGGAGCGUACACUCAUACUGAUGGUAUUAUCUUGCAUUGCUCAUCAGGUGGGGAGGGGCACUGCGGGAGGGUGAUCAUGGUGAAGUGUGGGAAUUUCACCAGGAAGAUUGGCAUCAAUGGCUCAGCCGAGGCAAUCAAGGACGCCAUCAAGUCAGCAUUUGGGCUGAGAACACGCCGAGCCUUCUGGCUUGAAGACGGGGACGCAGUCGUCCACAGCUUUGACCGAGAAAUGCCGCUUGGGACCUACACCCUCCACCUUGACCAAGGUUGGGGUCUUCAUCUCCUUCCCACCCGCAGACUCUGGUGGUCAACCCUUUUGACCUGCCCCUGACAUGGUUGACCCUCACAGGGCUGACCAUAAAGAUCUGUCUCUAUGAGGAGGCAGAGCAGCUGCAGGUGUCGACAGUGGAGAAGACGCUGUACACGGAUGAUGAUCUCCGGGACCUGCUGGGCCGCCGGGGUUGGGCAGGUCUCCGGGAGCUCGGUGGAUUCCGAACCAUCGACAACCUCGACGAGCUCCAGCAUGGUGCUGUCUACGAAGGCCUGCGGCUGCUUGGUGGUUGA